UGCCUGCUGUGUGUCAAUUUGGGUCUCAGAUUGCGUUAUGGUGUGAGGCUGUCAGCGGCGGCAAGUAAGCAGUAGGUCGCAAUCAAGCUUUAGGAUUCCUUUCAUCACAUGAGCCACUCGGGACUUUACAUUUGGCCAACCAUCUUGGAUCGUGGGUGCCACUAAAGUGGCUUGGUGAGAGAACAUCGACAUUGAACUUUAUAGGGGACUUUCUAACUUUUUUGCAGUGAGUGCUUUAGUCUUUGCUAAUCGAUUAUCUGCGUGUAAUUGAACACUUUUUUUAAAAUAUAUAAAAAAAAUGUUCGGCAAGUGUCCAGUUUUCCUGUCGGUCGUGUUUUGCGUGGUCCGGGCGCUCAUAGCUGACGAGUGCACGCCGUGCCAUCUCCGGACUUGUCCCGCCAAGACAACACAAGCCUGCGACGGUGGCCGGACGCUGGCCAAGGAUCCAUGCGGAUGCUGUGAGCACUGUUCCCGGCUGGAGUGGGAGCCGUGCGGUGGGCAGGACUGGAGCCUUGGCUACUGUGCUCUGGGACUGACGUGCGCCUCCUUUAACGCGACAGGAGCUGCCAUCAUCCCGGAAAUUGGUGUUUGUAAAGAGCUUCCAGAUUAUCCAGAGGCUGGUCUGGAGGAUGAACGAUGCCCCCUUAUGACAGGAUGUGACAGAGCAGAAGAUCAGUGUGUUUGCGAUGCCAGACACACCUGCUUGGGCUUUUUCACCUACCCAGACCAAGAGGCCUGCAUGAAGGCCCAUUCAGAUGGUCGCAACCACGAACCCCGGGAAAGACACAGGCAGAAGUAUGUGGGACCGUCAGAUCCAGCCUGCAUGUUUUCUGGAUGUAACCUGACUACUGACGGCUGCGUGUGCGAAUCACAGAGCUGCAGCCACCACUUCACCUACAUCAACCGCAGCCAGUGCCAAGAAGCUGCAGAAGAGCUUAAGUGUGCCGGAGUGACUUGCCCUGCUCUGCAGGUUCCUUCCUGCCCCAAAGACUCGGUUUUGACCAAGAGUUACACACCCCCUGCUGGUUGCUGCCCUUCAAUCCCAAUGCAGUGCACGUGUGACCUCCGGGCCUGUCACCAGCCCCACUGCCCGAGCGGACAGCGUGCGGUGCCACUCAGCAAGGCCAGCGGUCAGCCCGGCGACUGCUGCGAUGUUGUCGAGUGCCAGAAAGUCUCUCCCAAGUGUGUUCACAACGAGAAGGAGUUUUCCGAUGGGGAUGUGUAUCGCAUGAACGCGUGCUGGCUGUGUCAGUGCCGAGGAGGAAUCUCCUUCUGCUCCAAAGCUGAGUGCGCCGAGCUCAACUGUGAGAACUUCUACAUUCCUGAGGGCGAGUGCUGCCCGGUCUGCAUAGAUGUGGAGCUACUUUCCAUGGACAGCACAAAGGCCAGCUGCUGGGUGAACAACAAGCUCCGUGCCCACGAGGAGCAGUGGAAAGAGGACGACUGCACCUUUUGCCAGUGUGUGGAUGGCGAGCCGCACUGCACAGCCAUGGCCUGCAAACAAAGCUGCCAGAAUCCAGUCAAGAUACCCGGGGAGUGUUGCCCCUUCUGCGAAGAGCCUUCAUAUGAAACCGUCAGCCCCAUGUUGUGUCCUCCUCUGGAAAACUGCAGUCUUUCCGAGAAGGACUGUCCUUACGGCUUCUAUCAAGACACCAAUGGAUGUCUGCUCUGCCGAUGUCUCAACAAUGACUCCUGCCCCGACCUGAGAAAAUACUGUUCCUUGCAAUGCCCCAUGGGAUACGAGAGAGACGACUUUGGCUGUGAGGUGUGCGAAUGUAAUAUCCCCGUACCCAGGUGCCGACCUUUGACCUGCACCAAGACCUGCCCCUAUGGAUAUGUUCGCAACAAGCAUGGCUGUGAGAUGUGUCGCUGUGUCAAGUGUCCUCCCUUCACCUGUGAUAAGCACUGCAAUGACGGCUACAAGCAGAACAAGAAGGGCUGUUCCAUUUGCAUGUGUAAAGAGAGUGCCCCCAGCCUCAGCACCACCGCUCCUAUCCCAGUUCCCAGCUUUUGCUUCACCACUAACGGCCACCGAUACGAGGAAGGUCAAAGCUGGCACGAUGGCUGCCGUGACUGCUACUGUCAUUCUGGAAGGGAGAUGUGUGUGCUGAUAUCUUGUCCCGUGCCCAGCUGCUCUCACCCUGUAGUGAAGCCUGACCAGUGUUGUCCUACGUGUGAAGAUGAGUCAGGAAGCGGGAUGCCCGAGGGGAUGGACAUGGUGGUGUGCAGAGCUCCUGGCGGGGAGUUUUAUGUGGAGGGGGAGACCUGGGACCUGGAUGAGUGCACACGUUGCACCUGCAGACAGGGACGCGUCCUGUGCGACACAGAAGUUUGUCCCCCAGCUCUGUGCCAGACACCUACCAAAAACAAGGACGCCUGUUGUCAUGCGUGUCCCGAUAAGACGCAGGGCCCGCUGCUACCAGUCAACACCAGCCAGCAGGAGUACUGCAUCACCAGCGAUGGAGAUGUUCUGCUGGCAGGAGACUCCUGGAAGAGCAACGCUUGCACCAGCUGUACCUGCAACAACGGCACCAUUCAGUGUUUCUCUCAGCGUUGUCCGCCUGCCAACUGCAGGGUGCCCGUCUUACGCAAGGGCCAGUGUUGCUUGCACUGUCUCGAAAUGACGACAUCUGCGCCAGUCUUGCUGUCGACCAUUGCUCCAAAAGCGAGGAUCACUACAAGUGUACCGCGGGCUGAUGGGAACGGUGCCGUCACAGAACCGACCCUUGUUGCUGACACAGAUGAGACAGUUUUGGGUGAGAACUACCCCAACCAAACAGAAAUGGCGCUUAUUUACCAAUCAGCCGCAUGGAUCCUGGCAGGUCUCCUCCUGGCCAUCAUCAUCUUCCUCAUUGUGGCUUUACUUAUCAACAAGAAAAAGAAGUGGGUGCAGAUGUCCUGUUACAGUGCACCAAAUAAGACCGUCAUUCUUAAGCACGUAAACAAGAACUCAGUGGUCUACAUGGAGCCUUCCAAGGAGAACAAGUUUCAGAACAUGAAGAACGACUGCGGGAUCCAUUUCUCCCCCGAGAUGAGCUCCCCCUGCACAGACAAGAUGACCAUCCCUCGAGCCAAGCUGGCCAACAACUGGACGCCGCGCUAACGUCAGCCGCUAGCAGAUUGGAGCUGCCCCGUCACCACCGGCUGCAUCCAUGGUGAUUUGUGCAACAACGCACACACUCCACGGAGGCAUCUGACUACCCACGCUUCUCUUUAUGGGACUGGAAAAGGAGGAGGAGGACGCUCUUUAGUUGGAUAAAGCAACAUUUGAAUGUGCGCUUGUGCGUUUGGACCUUUCAAAACAAUGAGAUGGACAAUGAGAUGCUGAGAGGGCACACGUUUCACUUCAAGCUUUAUGAUGGGGGAGGGGGUCCAGGUUAAAGAGAUUGACAGGAUGCUGCCCCCUGACUUCAUGGAUGUUGUCUCUAUAUCGCUCACAGGGAGGCCAAAGGAACUGGUAAUCUACUGGUAAUCCACCAAACUGUAACAAUCGGCCAGGCUUUAUUGACGCCCUGUGUUAGAAUGUGUGCUUUCCAUUUGACUUUGUGUAUAUUGCAGCAGUAUUUGUACUCGUGUUGUUUUAGGUCAACUCUUUGUUUUUUUGAUGUCUUCUUGGGGGCCAAAUCUUUACCGGUUGAAACAUUCCCACCUCCACGCACACAGACCUCACAAAAAAUGAUCCACAAGAAUUCCUUCAGGAAAUUUCUGUGUGAAAAAAACACUAUGGGCUGGAGAGGACAUGAUUUUAUUGAAACUUUGAAGGAAUGUCAGAAUGUUCAUUUUUAAAGCCUUAAAAGUCACAGACUCACAACUUUUUUUUUCUAUUUAACCGUUUUGCUACUCCAUGAAGACAUCACAGCAGCAGCCAUGCAAUCACUCCUUACUUUAAAAUGCGCCUCCUUGACUGGACAGCCAUGUUAAAGGACACAUUGGGAUGCGUUAAAGCUAAAAUAUGGUUAUUUAAUAACUGAAAGGGCCAGGGAGCACAAUAAAAAAGCUCCUCUGCCAGCCAUCUUUUCACUUACAGUAAAGUAUUAUUUACAAAACUUGACAAUAGUACUUCACCUUGUUGUUUUCUUGUAAAAAUUUAUUUUUUCUCAUAAUAAUUACAAACCUAAUCUUAUAAUUCUUGUACUUAUUAAUAUGGCAGAAUAGUCAGCAAUUGCACAUAAUACAUUACAACAUCAGAGCUCCUUAAAUGUAGCACUUUCCGGCUUAGUUUUUUUUUUUUUUUUUUUCCGUAAUACCGUUGCAGGAUUUUUGGAUGGAUAAACAUGCUAAUCAGGGAUUUGAUGGCCGCAGUAAGCACACAGAGAUGUUAAAGCACUCCAGUAAAAAAAAAAAAAAAAAAAAAUGCAUAUUGUUAAAGCCAGAGGCCUCGUAACAAUCUGGCAAGUGUAGAAUUUGAUUUAUGAAACACUUCUCAAUACAAUGUCAACAACAAAGAGGACUGUGAUGCCAAACGUGGUAGGAAAUGAAUAUUUAGACUUUUUUUAGUAGGUUUGUGCUUUAAAAUGAAGAGUGUGUAAGGCCCCCAGUUUUUUGUUCUGUGUAAAAAAAAAAAAAAAACUAGUUUAAAUUAGUAGAGCAGAAGAGUACCCUAUUUAUUUUUUCACAUAGCUUUAUUUAUUAAUACUAUAGUUUGAGUUUUUUCUUUUCCUUGACUUUUGGUAGCCAAAGCUGCUGUACAUUUUUAGACCCUUUACAUCGGUUUGUUAUAUUCAGUACCACCUUAUUUAUUUUGCUGUUCCAAGCCCUGUAAAUAAGUGAAACUGCAACUUUACUUAUUUUGAGAAAUAAAACGUGUGAAACAACAACAUGCAAGACAGACA